AUUUUAGGUUACAUUGUGAGGAAAAUACGAAAAUUUCACUUUUACAAACAAAUUUCACUUUUGUUUUUCACAAUGGAAACACCCGAUUUAAAAACUGCAAUUAACCGACCCUUACCGAGUAGAAUAUUAGAUCUCCCAAGAGAGAACCACAAUCAAUCCUUGGAUGGCAUUAAAAACAUGCUAUUUAAAACUGUACCAAAGGUGGACAGACAGAAUUUCACGGAGACCUUGAAAUGGAAGCUUAACAUAAGUAAAUUUUCGGUGAAAAAAAUUUCGAAAGGCUGUAAGAAGAAAAAACCGUAUCUUACGAGGGAGCAAAGGAAAAAAUUAAAUUUAGCAAAACUACCAAACGAAGGAUGGAACUACAGUGAAUUAGAAAACUUAAGACAAAUGUGGAAAAGUUACAUGAUCGAGAACCUAAAUAUAAUAGGCAAGCCUCUUAUAAACCAUUUAACGCCUAACUGGGCAGGUUUCAGCGCCGUAUUUGCCAAAUCAGAAUUAAUAGGCGCAGAAAUUACUGUAGUCAGAUCAAAAAAUCCCAAUUUAAUCGGAUUAACAGGCACCGUUGUGUUAGAAACCAAAAUGACUUUCCAAAUUGUCUCCCCGGAUUCUAAAUUAAAAAAGAUCCCUAGAUGGUGUACGAAGAACACAUCUAUCAAAGGCCACGCCACAAAUAAAUCUGCAAACAAGUUGCAUGCUCCGAACUGUAGGAUUCCCCGAAUAGAAACGAGAAUAGCGGAAUCCCGGCGAGGCGACCGCAAGACGCGGCGCCGUGUCUUAGGUCAUGGAGGCGGUGGUGCAGCCGAUCCCGCUGGUGGCGGUGCCCGCCUAAAUGGCAGGAGAUGUUCCCGUGACGUCAUGAUGGAUGCGUGCCGAGUUAUGUUUUCGGUCUCAGUGUGCUGUUCGCUGUAUUUCGGCGAGGCGGCUGCGGCGGUCGCCCCUUUUGCUCUUUGAACGGUGAAUUGUUUCAUUGCCGGGCGGGUUUUCGCGCGCUUUCCCCGAACUUUUCUUCGAGUUUUUCGCCAGUCGCCGCCGUUUGGGUUGUUCUCUGUGUCUGUUAGAAGAUAUUUCAAACGAUUCCCGUUCCGUUCCGGCUCAUCGCACAUCGACCGCUCGAUGGGAUACUUGGCGAAUAAUCCAGACGCGGGCCAGUAAAGCCGAGGAAAAUGGAUUGGAACGGUACUUUGCUCGCCGGCGGCCUUUUCGACUUCAACGGCUCUUCGCCGGACAACGUCACAGCCGACGCCGUCGGCGUCGUGCCGUCGACGCCGACGGCGUCGUGGCCGUCGUGGUACGAGGCCGGC